AUGGCUUCUUUAGCUGGUCAAGCUUCAAGUUUACCCCUCCUCGACCACAUCGUCAUUCUUCUCCCCCACCAAGUACUCGCCUCUCUCCCCUCAUGGAUCUCCUCCGAGUUUACCAUUCUCACAGGCGGUCGCCACGCUGAUGGCCGCACUGAAAACAAGCUCAUUAUCUUUGCCGAUGGCACAUACCUUGAGCUCAUCUCUUUCGUUGAGGGUCUUAGUCAGGAUGAGCGCCUGAAGCACAAAUGGGGCCCGAAGCCGGACGGCACGAUCAUCGACUGGGCAUACUCUUUGAAAGACGAAUCGGGAUUUGCUGCAAUUCAGAAACGUGUGCGUGACGCUCAAUCAAUAGCCAUCUACGAUGACCCCGUUCCUGGGGGGAGAAUCCGACCGGACGGCGAGGAGCUAAAAUGGGCUGUUGCGCUUCCGGCCGGCGCCGGCGCGGAAUCGGAAGGAAAUGUGGAGAGGGGCGAGUUGCCGUUCUGGUGCUUCGACCGGACACCUCGCGAGUUACGCGUACCCAACCAUGUUGCAGAGAAUAUCAGACAUCCAAGCGGAUCACUUGGCGUUCACUCUCUGGCAGUGGAUGUAAGCAGGGAGGAAUUCAAGAAGGCGUAUGCCGGGAUCAACGACCGACCUGCGGAGGGUGACAAUGGCGGCCGGUGGACGUUUGAUGUUCCCAUCCGCCAAUUUGAGGAUCCCAGAUACCUGCUCGUCGAGACACUUUCUGGUGAGCAGGAGCCCAGGCAGUCAAUUCGUCUGGCUUUGUACACCGCGUCGGGAACACCAGAACGCUCGAUCGGCGGCGACCUUGGCGGCGGCGUCUCCAUCACUAUUGACUUGAUUCCUGUUUCUGGUGGGUCCUCGUGA